CAUCAGCUACCGUCAUAAGUUUCCAGCAAAGAAAAUAAACUACUGAAAAUGGUGUUAAGUUUCGAAAUCAUAAUACUAAACUUGGUUUUCGUAACAGCUCUGACUGCUGAUAGUACUGAAAAUCUGACAGCGUCACCCCAAAUUGUACAAGCACAUCCAAUAAAUUUGGGUAACAUUUCACAAAAUGGACAGAUAUUUACACAAAAGAAUAGUUUAGCUAAUCGAGAUGCUGGCAAAAAUACUACUUCUACCUCUGAAACCGAAACAACUACAGUUGAAAGCACCACCACUGAAUACGACGACAGUGUAAUAGAAGAUGAAAAUAUUGCAGUCCUUAAUACGCCAUAUAUUGAUGACAUCGACGCUGUUGCCAAGACGACGCCUGCAGAGUUAAUUGAAACAAAAACCACACUUGGCAAGACGACGACGCCGACAAAGUUAAUUGACAAAAAUAUCACACUGUUUAAUAAGAUAAUUUAUACAGAACAAAAGCCUGCAGCGGAAGAAAAUCAGACAUCAAGGAAGGCCACAAUGAGCAAUGACUGGAUCUGGAUUAUCUUGCUGGUUGCAUCGCUGCUGUGUCUAUGUGUGAUCUUCGCUAAAAUGGCCUACACUCGCUACCAUUCAAACACAUACUAUACGUACGAGCCCGUGUCGGGCAGGGCCUUGCUGGCACUCUCCACUUCACGGCAACCUCGUCAUAGAGACUGAAAUCCUAGAACGCCUUAACAAAAUUUUGCAACAGCCUGUAUAUUUAGAGACUCGAUUUUCUUCUUACAAUAAAUCCAUCACUAAUUAUAUGGAUUAUUAUCUAUA